AGGCCGCCGUGCAUAGAUGCCAGGGAGCUGUGAAGAUGGAGGUUGACGGCUACCCGAUGUACCCUGCUGUCGUGAACGACGAGAAGCUGCAUCGCCACGUGGAGGACGUCGGCAGGCGCCUGCUCGGCCCGGACAGGGUGAGGCCGGGUGAGAGGAUCAUGGCGGGCGAAGACUUCGCGUUCUACCAGCAGCUGGCUCCCGGGGUGCUGUUCGGCAUCGGCAUCUGGAGCGAGGAAGCUGGCUCCGUCCACCCACUUCACAACCCGCAUUUCUUCGUGGACGAGGAUGUCGUGCCCGUCGGGGCUGCGUUGCAUACUGCGCUUGCAGAACAGUACCUCGCCGAGGGCUCCGCUGUCAACCAAGGAGACCUGCAUCCGCGUGGCUGAUCCUGAGUUGAGUAAAUUGAACCGUCGAACAUGUUAUUCAGAAAACUGAAACAGAGUUGAGUUGGGGUUCAGUUCAGGGUUCAUCGCCCGACCCCGUGCCAUUGAAUUUGAUCUUCCUGCGAUUCUUUUGUACUCGUGCCAUUAUGUUCCUAGUGAUUUCUUCACAAUCCAA